AACUCGGUAAAGGAAUACAAGCGUCCAGCUGCUUCAGUUUUCACUUAACGACGAGGAUGUUGGGUGCCUCUAUCCUAGUGCUUGCCAGCGUCGCCCUGUCUUUAAUACCUGUUAGCGAAGGCUGUACAUGUCUCUUCCGACACCCACAAGCUGUUGUCUGCGAUUCAGAUUUUGUCAUCAAAGGAGAUCAAGUUGGCCAACAGAUAAUCCCACUAACCGGCGAUUUUCCAGACAUUGGCGGCCACGUGGUUUACAAAAUCUUGAUUAAGACUGUCAUCAAGGGUAAACAGAUAAAGGCUGGUGACACUAUUGAAGUGAGGACAGGUUUGAACAGUGCUGCAUGUGGCGUGAACGUAACAGCGGGAGUGGCUUGGUUACUUACAGGGAGAACAACAAAACUCAAAGGGAAGACACAAUAUGGCAUUGGUUUAUGUGACUGGAACACAGAAUGCUCUCGGCUUACACCACAGCAGACGUCUUUCCUGGUAAAUGGUCCAAAAUCGUAUUUUGGACGAGGGAACAGAAAUUGUAAGAACUGUGAGAUUGUGAGAUGCGCCAGUAAUGACUGCAGUACAACGAAGCCUACAGCAGGACAAUGUCUUCACGACGCAAAGCAGUGUUUCUCACAAACGCUUAAAUGCCAGUUUAAGAAAAAUCGUUGUCAAUGGAGAAGCAAGAAAGAUGCCAGAAAGUGCCUCCGCAGCUAAUUUGGGACGGUUGUAUUACAUAAUGAUUAUUGCACAAGACCAACUCGUAUGGUAUAAGAAGGAUUAUUAAAACAACAUUCGUAAA